AUGGCGGCAGCGGCGGCGCGGGCGGCGGCGCGGAUGGGCCGCGACUCCGAGAGCCGCUCCACGAGCCGCGGGCUCGACAGCAGCAGCAGCAGCGCGCGCCGCAGCGACAUGACCGCCACUCUCGCGAGACCCGCCGCAACUGCUUCCGCCCCCUGCGGCCCGCGCGCGGGGCGCGUGCGCGUGGGGCGGGAAGGAGCUGCGGGGCGGCCGGUCCGGGCAGCGCCGGGAGGUGCCGGUGCGCCCUCGGUCCGUCCUGAGCCGGGGCAGACCGGGCCGGGCUGUGCCAGGCCGGGCAGCGCCGCCAUGAGCUCCGGCGGGACGCUGAGCAUCCUCCGCAGCGACUCGUACGCCGAGCUUAGCCAGUACCGCGACCAACACUUCCGGGGGACGCGCCACGACCAGGAGCGGCUGCUGAGGAAGAGCUGCACGCUGUACGUGGGGAACCUGUCCUUCUAUACCACCGAGGAGCAGAUCCACGAGCUCUUCGGCAAGAGCGGCGACAUCAAGAAGGUCAUCAUGGGGCUGGACAAAGUGAAGAAAACCGCCUGCGGCUUCUGCUUCGUGGAGUAUUAUGCAAGAGGAGAUGCUGAAAAUGCAAUGCGAUACAUCAACGGAACCAGACUUGAUGACAGGAUCAUAAGGACAGACUGGGAUGCAGGAUUUAAGGAGGGUAGGCAGUACGGCCGUGGAAGAUCAGGAGGGCAGGUCCGAGAUGAAUAUCGGCAGGACUAUGAUGCUGGAAGAGGUGGCUAUGGCAAAAUUGUUCAGUGUCAGUGACUCAUCAGUCUCACAGGAGAACCAAAUCUGCACUGUAAAUGUCACCAGACACCAAAUAGGUCUGUUGCACACAAAUUUAUGUCUCUAGAAAUUCACAGGAACUCCUCUCCGUUAUUUCUGUGAGCACAUCCUGUGUUCAAGACCUUUUCUGUUUUAAUGCCAGGAUCCAAAGCGUUGCAGAGGACCUGGAAACAAGGUUUUAAGCAAUAGAAUGUCUGAGACUUCAGUCUCUAAAUGCUGCUGUAACUUACUAGAAGGAACAAGGAUUUAAUAUAAUGGUGCUUUUUUUUCACUGGCAAACUUGAUUAUUCUGCCACUGCAUUUUGUUUACAUUGGUAUCACAAGGUGGGGAGCAGUGAUAAAGAUGAUUGGUGGGUGUUUCAGAGAUGAUAAAGGAAGUGGAAUUUCUAGGGAAGUUUUCCAAUUUCUGGGGAAGACUUAAAGCCGCAAAUUUUCUGGGGUUACGGGGUUAGUAUCCUUUUUCACUGAUGCUGUUACUAGAACACUUACACAGCCAUAAUAAAACAAUCAGAUUGCUGACCCCAGGAAUCAUGAAGUGAGAAGCAGCCUAGCAGGACACAGACCCUGCGGUCUUCUAUUAAGUUUCAGGUGCCUACAAGGGUAGCAUGAAGCCAAGCUGUAGAGUUACUCCCAAAAAUAGGAUGUUAGAGGAACUGUGUGUGUAACAAGAAAAUUUGUUCCCCAAAUGCAUUUUGAGAAACUUGAUUUCAGACAAAGGUGAAAACAGAAAUGCGCUUAGGGAGGAGCCUUACUACUGAGUCUCUCCUUUCUACUGAGCCUUACUUUCUACUAAGAAUGGUAAAAGGAUUGCAAAGAUUGGUUUGGUUUGUUUUUUUCUCUUUCCCCCAUAUUCAUAUUGCUGGUUUAUAUGAUGGGAUUUUGAUGUACUCCAGACAUAGGAAUAAUUGUGUACCCAAUACCUGUGAAAUUGACCCUCUGAAAUGAAAUAGCUUAAAAGGAACUGUUACAGAGCUUUGUAAUUUUUUAUGGACUUCUGAGUUCCUUGGAAAUGGCAGUUCAUAAAAUUAAUCCAAAUACCUUGUCCAUAACUCCUUAGAAACCUUCAAAGUACCGGUUUAUGUAAAAGUUGAUAUUUACUCACUGAAGAUACUGUUGGAAAUCUCAACGUGUUUCUUGUGUACAGUUAGUCACAGCUGUAAAUUGGAAAUACAGUGAGAUAGAACAACUGCUUACUUAGGAAGUGUGGAUUUGGCUGGGCUUUGAAGUUUUUUGGCAGGUAGAGUAAAACUAAAUUUUUGGGAUUGCUUGGUGCUGGUUUGCAAACAGGAGUUGGAACACGGUUGCCUUUUCCAGUCUGGUACAUUUGAUGAUGAGUUUACAGCCUGUAAUCUGCUCAGACCCUGCUGAUGUUUAUUUUUCAUUGUAUCAAUUUUGUAUAAAAAAUGUGUUACCAAAAACUCAGAAGUCACUUAUUAUCAAAUAAAGCUGUAACAUUAAAA